CUGCCCCCUCCCCCGCUCGUCUUGUCUCCUCCCCUCGGCGGGCCGCGCAGGGCCGGGCGCCCGCCUCCCGCUCCCGCCUGCCCGGCACUGGCUGACUCUCUUCCGGCGGCGGGCUGUGCGGAGCGGCGGGCGCUAGUUCAUGAAAAUGUCAGCAGAUAUACCAUUAGACAUUAAUAUCAAGGAACCCCGUUGGGAUCAAAGCACUUUUGUUGGACGAGCCAAUCAUUUCUUUACUGUAACGGAUCCCAGGAAUAUUUUAUUACCUAAUGAACAACUAGAAAAUGCAAGAAAAAUUGUUCAUGAUUACAGACAAGGUAUUGUGGCCCCUGGGCUGACAGAAGAUGAACUAUGGAGAGCAAAAUAUGUGUAUGAUUCAGCUUUUCACCCAGACACCGGUGAAAAGAUGAUUUUGAUUGGCCGAAUGUCAGCUCAGGUACCAAUGAACAUGACUAUCACAGGUUGUAUGAUGACCUUUUAUAGAACUACUCCAGCAGUGGUCUUCUGGCAGUGGAUUAACCAGUCCUUCAACGCUAUUGUAAAUUACACCAACAGGAGUGGAGAUGCCCCAAUUACUGUCAGCCAGCUGGGAACAGCCUAUGUUUCUGCCACUACAGGUGCUGUAGCAACAGCUCUAGGACUUAAUGCACUAACCAAGCAUGUCUCGCCCCUUAUAGGACGUUUUGUUCCUUUUGCUGCUGUAGCCGCUGCUAAUUGCAUAAAUAUUCCAUUAAUGAGGCAAAGGGAACUCAAAUUUGGUAUCCCUGUUACAGACGAAAAUGGGAACAGGUUAGGUGAAUCAGCCAAAGCUGCUCAGCAGGCCAUUACUCAGGUGGUUGUCUCAAGGAUUCUCAUGGCUGCCCCUGGCAUGGCUAUUCCUCCCUUUAUAAUGAAUACUUUGGAAAAAAAAGCCUUUUUAAAGCGGUUCCCGUGGAUGAGUGCCCCCAUUCAAGUUGGAUUAGUUGGAGUCUGUUUGGUGUUUGCUACACCUCUGUGCUGUGCAUUAUUUCCUCAAAAAAGUUCCAUGUCCGUAACACGCUUGGAGCCAGAAUUGCGAGCCAAGAUCCAAGAGUUCAGCCCUGGUUUAGAACGUGUGUACUUUAAUAAAGGAUUAUAAUUCGAGGAAGGUAGAAAACCCUUCGAGGAGAAUCUCGUGAGCUCCUUUUUUAAUUGUGUGCCAAUGUUGGUGAAAAUAACUCUAUUUUGACCUAUCCUUUUAUUGUUAAACAAUUUUGACCAUCCAUGUUAUUUUAUAUAAAUAUAUUUUAAAAAAUUAUGAUAAAAUUAUCUUAAAUCACAAACUCAUUACUGUUGUAUUGCCCACUUUGUAGCCGUCAGUUUUUUUAACUGAAAGUUUAAUCGCACAUAUCCAAACAUGUUUACAUUAGCUUGCAAGCAGCUAAAGACAAAAUUCCUCGAAAGGAAAAAAAAAAAUCAAGCGCACAAAGAAAAUCAGAUGAUCUUUUCUGAGAUUUGCUAUCUGUUCCUAGGGUUGCCAACUUUGGUUGGACGAAUUCCUGGAGAUUUCAUCACAUGACAUAAUCUUUAAUUAAAGAUUAAUCUUUAAUUCCUGGAGAUACCAGGACAAUCCUGGAGGGUUGGCAGCCUACCUGUUCCACUCAGAGUGGGAAGGAACCCAGAUUUUCAUUUUCCCCUCAAUGUAGGGCAAAUGUCUCUUUGUAAAUGUCUUUGGCCCCAUGGUUCAAGUUGUGACCACAAAUCUUUUUCUUCAGGCCCUCCCUGUCCAGUGUUAACAUCAUAAGAGUAAUAACUCCAAAGAACAGCUAUAUUGUGGCCAUGCCCCAUUAGCCUCAUUUCCCAUUUCUAAUAAAUAGCAGCAGCACUUAAUUUUAUUUUGCCUUAUUUUCUUAUGUCUUAUAAUCUUCAAACUUCAUGGAAAGUUCCUGCGGUUUCCUUUUUAACUACAUUCAGCACAUACAGUCCUGCUGUGUUCAGUCUUUUAAGGGUGCUCUUGUUUUCUGAGUGAUCAAUAUUGCAGCAGUACAAUCUGCCUAACCCUUUUUCAUAUGAUGGUUUUUUGGCCAACCUCUUUGUUCCAGGAAAAGCACAAAGGAAACAUGUUGUAUGCUGCUGUUUUAAUCAAUUCCUGCACAAAAUUACUGAACACUUUCUGUUACAUUUCACCAUAUUCUCAGUGUAUCCAGUACACAUCCGUUGUAUUACCAAGGCCCACCUAUAUUUAAUAUAUAGUAUAUUUAAUGUAACAUUAGAGAGCUUAAACUUAAAGAGCCAAAUUCUCCACUGGGACAGAUUUGUGCAACUCCACUGACACCGUGCCAGUUUGCACCAGCAGAGAAUUUUGUCCUACAUUUGUAGAUGUUCAAAGUAAUAUACAUAAUGAUUGGUGAGUGUUUUACUGACAGUAUGUUGUUCUGCAGCGACUAUAUAACAUAGCUAAUGUCUGGAAGUUUAGAGAACAGUCUAGUGGCAGAUUUUGCUUGACUGUGAUCAGAGUGACUUUUCUCAUAAAGGAGAGAUUUGUUUGAUGGCUUGUAACGUUUAUGUUUGGUCUGAAAGGAUUAACAGAUCUGAAGCUUUAGUCUCCGUGAAUGCCACUGAGCCUUACCUGCAUUUCUUCUGUAAUUACCUACCUUCACGUUUUUGUCUUAACCUUUCUAGUUGGGAGUGAGCUGGUUUCCCCAGUGAAUUCUGACUCUAGAUAUAUUUUAUUGCAAUAAAUAGUUCUGCAUGAAAAGAAAUGAAAAAACAUAAAUGCCAAAAGAUUUGUGUUAUGCUUGAAUGCUUUAGGAAUACAUGUAGAAGUGUAUACUCAUCUGCAGAGAAGCCAGGAAGGAAUUAAUUUAAUGAUUACAAUCUCCUAUUUAAAGGAGCUUGUCUCAUUUUUAAACAUGCCAUUUCUCCACCCAUUGAUUUUUGAACUCUUGCAAUCAGAUAUAUUUUAUGUGAACUCACUUAUUCAGUUUGGAAAAUUCUGAAAUUUGCAAAUGUUCUGUAAAAAUGAUAUAGCCUAGUUUAAAGAAUAUUAUUGAUAGAUUUCAGUUAAAUAAAGGAGAUUCUUCAGUGACCAAAGUGUAGAUCUGAGGAGAAAAAAAAAUCAUGGGUAUAUUUUUUUUUGUUAACUUUCUUUUUUGAAGCUUCAGUCUAUUAAUGCUUUUCUACAGAACUAAUAUCUGUACAGUUUCAUGAUAUUAUUAAGCAGAACAAAAUAGUAUAAAGAUCAGACAAUUUAUACUGAUCUGCUAGAAAUAGAAUGUUUUUAAAAAAAUAUUUCCAACUUAAGUGCAAUAAACUCUUACUUAAAACUAGAAAAAUAGAAUAGUUAUAUUUCCACUUGGGGAAUAUAAUUUUCAGUGAUGCAGUGACUGACUACAUUUUUAAUUUAAGUAUUAUCACAAUGUCUUUCCAGUAUUGAUGGAGUUCAUGUUCUAUUUAAAGUGAACUAGAUACAAUAUUAAAUAAACUCAGACUGAAAUGAA